UGCUGCAGCAACGCGAGUGGGAGCACCAGAAAUCCGGGCUUGGAGCGGGACCGUAUGGAUUGUUUUAAGAAAAUGGUAGACAAACCAGACAUGGGAGAAAUCGCCAGCUUCGAUAAGGCCAAGCUGAAGAAAACGGAGACACAGAAGAACACCCUGCCGACCAAAGAGACCACUGAGCAGGAGAAGCGGAGUGAAAUUUCCUAAGAGCCUGGAGGAUUUCCUGUCUCCGCCAUCUUAAAGACCCUAGUCCUGAUGUGGAGGAAGAGCCACCUGCAAGACGGACACGAGCCACAAGCUGCACUGUGAACCUGGGCACUCUGUGCUGAUGCCACCGGCCUCUGGGUCUCCGAAGGGACCCCCCCAAUCGGACUGCCAAAUUCUCCAGUUUGCCCCGGGAUAUUAUAGAAAAUUAUUUGUUUGAGUAAUGAAAAUAAAACACACCUCGUGGCAAAAAAAAAAAAAAGAAAAUAAAUAA